CUUUCAUGGGCGGGACGAGUUUAUCUCAUGACUUGUAGCAAACGAGCGAUGGCUCACCAAUUACUUUAUUUUCUUUCGAUUUUGGCUACUGUGCCUUACCUAUAUGAGUGUGCUACUGGCAGACGUCUAGGAAAAUUUAUCUCACAUUACGAACCUCUUUACUAUGACCCGAGCUCCCUGCACAACGUUCAUCGGCGAGCAGUUGAAAGCCACAGCGAUGGGAAAUUCGCGUUUUCCGCCUUCGGAAAGUUUCAUCGGCUCAAGUUACGACCGGACCGAGACAUCUUCACAGGCGAUGCCAAAUUCCUUACCGGAGAUGGCAAAUCGAUUCCUUUCGAUCGCGAUGCUGUCGUGAGGGGACAUGUUGAGGGAAUUCCAGGCUCUGAUGUUUACGGUGUUAUUGACAAACAAGAUGGAUUCCACGGGAAAAUAUUGAGUGGAACGGAGAGUUAUUACGUUGAUCCAUCUUCGUGGUACUUUGAUGAGAAGCAAGAUUUUCCAUCAGUGAUCUACAAGGACAGAGAUCUGGAAUAUCACCAUGACUUUUCUGACAUCAAGGAAAAAGUUCCCUCAAUUCAGGUGCCAGAACGAGCUCGUCGCUCACUUUCCACUCAAGGCAAAAAUCGCGUUCGCAGGCAAACUGAAGAUUACCGGAAAAACGUUUGCACACUUGGACUUUACGCCGAUAGUUUUUUCACUGAAUUGUUCGGUGGGAAAACAAAAGCCAUCUUUCAACUUGUGAAGCAAUUGCAAGCGGCCCAGAUCAUCUACAUGAGCGAGUUUAACACCACCGAUUAUUACAGUCCAUACGGAAUAACGUUCCGCGUGAAAACCGUUGUUGCAUUCGAUAAAGAUGGUACACUUCCCGAUGAACUUCCAGUCCAAGUUAAGGACAAGAACGUGGGAAUAGACACUUUGUUGGACUAUUUCUCGACCAUGAAUCACGAGUCGGUUUGCGAAGCAUUCCUGUUCACCGAUCGUGAUUUUGAGGGUGGCAUUUUGGGUCUUGCAUGGAUCGGCGAUGGCGAUGGCAAAGCGGCUGGAGGAAUUUGCGAUAAAUAUAAUGAUUACAAUGGAAAGAAACGAAGUUAUAACACGGGGGUUGUGACAAUGAAGCUUUACGGACGAUUUACACCGCCGAGAAUAUCAGAAAUAACGUUCGCUCAUGAACUCGGUCAUGGAUUUGGCUCCGAGGUAAGCUUUAGGGUUUUUUAGUCUUUUCCCACAAAAAGAAUUUCAAUGCAAAAUGUCAGUUAUUCAGUAGAAAGAAGAAAUCAUGGGAGGUCAAAACAUUUAAAAAAUUGUGUUGUUAAAUAAAGGGAUUAGUGACCUUAUAUACAAUAAUUGCUAAUUGUUUACAUUUUUACUAAAUUAAACAUUUAAACAGAUGACGGUUGUAUUAAAAUACCAACUAAGUCUGCAUCCAUGUUGAGCAUUUUUACUGGCUAAAGCAGCCAUUUGCCGAUUAAGAAUCUUUCUCUUACAUGGACAUCUGUGGUUAGUCGCCUUAAAAGAAAAUUCAGUGACUACUAAAGCCGACCACAGCUAUAUGUUAUUGCAUAAAAGGGUGUAAAGUUCCUCAGUCCCUUAUUAAGGAUUUAUUUAGCAAGUCCCUAUUAACCCUUUAAGUCCCAAUGGUGUCCAACAUCAAUUUUCUCCUAACCAUAUCCAUUGAUUGUCAAGAGUUUUGGUUAUGAGAAUUAAUAAAUUGAUCACCUAAGAGAAAAUGCUUUGAUCUUUCAUCAAAUUCUCUCAACUUAUUCUUUAACAAAAUGUAUAGAGAUCAGUUUGGAGAAUUUGUAUGUGGAUGUUGGGGCUUAAAGGGUUAAUGGUGUAAUUCAGAAGAGGGGGACAAGAGGGGGUCUCAUCAUGAAAUUUGCAUUUCACAAGACACAAACCAAAUAUUUACGUUUUCACUCUUCUCAAAAACAGAGGUCAUACAAAAUGUCAAAAACGUUACGUUAUCCCCAUUUUGUAAAACAGAGCACUUGCUUCAAUUAAGUUAACUAGAGUUUUGCAAACCUUAUGAAACAAGAUGCUAUGUCAGCGUGCACUUCAGCGUCUUGGUUGUGGAAUUAAUUAUGAAUGCGGAGGAAUAGUAAGAAAUUAUCUUUUUCCGGAUACCCUUCCGUAAAAAUACCCUUACUUUUCUCCUUAUGAGUAUACUACGAGGGGUCAUCUCCGCCAAUAUCCUGUUUCAAAUUCUGUUAUGAAGAACCUGUAUGCUAUUACUUUUCAUCAAAUUCCACGUUUCGAUCACAAUUUUUGUCAUAAAAAAUAUUUGCGCACAAUGAGAUCUCAGUUCCACUUCCUAUAUCCUUAACUUCACGCUCCGCCAAAGUAAAAACACUGUGCGGCUAUAAAUUCCCUAGGGAAGCCAGCUGUAGGUGGAUCUGAGCACACUGAACUGUGAAGUUACAUCAAAAGACUCACAAGUGAAGUUAAAUCAAAGCACCAGAUGUUAGUUAAGGUCAUUUGGCCAAAUUAAGAGGGUGGCGCUGGGGUCUAUAAAAAACCGAAAAACCGUUCUAAAAAUUACCCAAAACCGAAAAACCGCGAUAGAUUUCGAUUAAACCGUAAACGGCAUGCAAAACCGAAGAUUUAUACAGCUCAAGUUUCACCAAACCCUAGUCUAGAUCUCAAACGUUGGUGAUAUGUGGAACAUGCGGACUAUACAAUAGCACAUCAUAAUUCUAGAUGUUAAUAUCAUCAAAGUAUCAACACUAUCUAUGGAUGCUAUGGUCCUAAAACCGGCAUAUCUGGCCUAGGACCCUCUAGGAGAAUUUACAAAGAUCCUCAAUUGAAUGGCAAUAGAGGACAUUGGGGGAAGUUUUGCGUCCGCGAAAAGCUCUCCAGGUGUACACCCCCAAUAAAAAUCCAAAAUCCCACAUUCCAGUUUGACUUAGAUUGACUGUAAAAUAGAAAUAUAUAAAGUAGCCAAACAUGUGACUGCACAGAGACCCACAGAGGAAUCUAACCCACACAGUUUGUUACUUUUUUGGGAAGGAAGUUAGACAGACCUAGUGUGCGGACUCUCAAUGUGGUUUUCGUGCACAUCAAAACCAAUUACAAGCCGACUGAAACCUUUCAACUGAUACACAAUGUACCUCGUGCCACCCUUCAGGGUGGCAUUAAAGACGAAAGAAUAAGAUUGCUUAGAACAGACUCUUCAAAAAAAAAAUAGAAAAAGAAAGCAUGUGUACACAGGCUAUUGUCGAGGUCAACUUUGACCUAAACAAAAGCAAAAAUUAAAGAGAGACUAUUAAUAUUGCCUUUCCGGUAUCACCCAGCGGUACAAGAUCUUCAAAGAAAUUGAUGGCAAACUGGAGUCUAAAAUAGAAAAUCAGCCUCUGCUGAAAACAAUUUUUGGGACCUCCGAUCAUAUCAGAAAAGACAUGCUUGUAAGAGCAAAAUUGUAACUUGAAGGCAGUUGAUAAUGGGACACAACCACAAAAACCACAUUGGGAGCCCGUGCGGGUUUGUUGACAUCUUUGACGUCCUUCCAAAUUGGAAAAAGCGAAAUCCACAUCGGUCACCUAAAUCCGAAAAACCGCGUUGUUUUUGCCAAAAAACCGAAAACCAGAUGCUAAAAAAGGGAAAAACCGGAAACCACAACGGACAACAAAACCGAAAAACCGAAGUUUUUCACUGCAAAAACCGAAAACCCGACCUAGAAAAUGGCCAAAACCGAAAAUCCCAACGCCCCCCUCAAUUAAUGAUUUCUUUUCUUCAAUUUACUGUAUCUUCCUUGUACGUGUAAACAAUCAAGGAUUUUGUACCUAACACGUACUAACCUGAAACUCAUUUCAGUUUACUAGCCCCCCCCCCAAUUUUUUUGACGACCAGAAUUGAUUACAGUUCUUCUGUAGUUUGGAUUCUCCAAUAAAAAUUCACUUUCCCAUCUGGCAAGUUAAGAACAGAUUAUUGAGUAGGCUAACAACAAAAUACACUGGCCCCAUAUAUAUCAUGCAGGCUUUAGGACACAACCUUUUUUGCACACUGGAGAUUUUAAUAGACUCUCAUCAAAUUGUUAAUGAUAUUGAUUUUUUAGCAUGAUCCUGCAACGCAGCAGUGUGCUCCAGGAGAUCCUAAGGGGAAUUAUAUCAUGUUUGACAAAGCAACAUCAGGAAUCCUUGAAAACAAUGACAGGUUUUCAAGUUGUAGUAAAGACAGCAUCAAAAAAAAUAUUGACCGAAAACGCUCACAACGACCAGAUUGCUUCACAAGUGAAGAUCAGUCAAUAUGUGGAAACAAAAUAGUGGAGAAGGGCGAGCAGUGUGACUGUGGAGAUAAAGCUACAUGUAAGGAGAUCGAGAACUGUUGUAUUCCUGCUGGAGAAGCCAAUCAAUGCACACUUCCAGUACAACAUCAGUGUAGCCCAAGCCAAGGUAUGUAUCAGUCACAGUGUUUAUUCUAGAGCACAGUUUCGCCCCAUUUGCUCGUUUUUAUAACCUACUGACACAAAUAAAUUGUUUUUGUGGUGUUUUUUUGUGAAGCAAUGAUUUUGUAAAAUAGCAAAAAUGAAAACAAAAUUUCAUCACAAGGAGCCUGGGAUGAUCUUGACUUAUUACCUUGUGAUAUCAGUUAAUAAUUGUCAUGCUUUCAACAUGGUGACCAAAUUGAAACAAAACAGAUUACGCUUCAUGAUUAAUAAUUCAACAGCUUCUUCGAAUGAUGUUGAUGAUGGACAAGCUGAUUGAGCCAUCAAAUAUUUUGGAAGACACAGACAGCGAUAAAGAGUUAAAGAAAGAAAUUAACGGCAAGAACAAAGCGAAUUGGGCAAACCGAGAUCAAAGAAGGCAAGAGUCAAACCUCGAGCCGAAACAGUCGCUGAUUGGCAAACAAAACAUGUCUGGCUUUAUGAACAGGGAGGAAAAAUGUUCUGCAGAACUUGCUUAAAACACAACAAAAAAAAUUCCAUGAGUGAGAAUUAAGCCAGCAAUUUCAGAGCAUCGACAUUAAAUAGGCAUGCUAUAGCAGAGAUCACAAAAAGGCAAUCAGCGACAAAGUACAAAGCAAAAACCUGGCACACAGCUUGGCGGACAGGCUGUUGUCAAAAAGGGAGAAGGCUGCAACUGUCGUUCUGAAAACUAAAACUGUCUUUUAGAAAGCCUGCAAUAAAAGUGGUGUUAAAGUUGAUUCCAAGUUGUCCAUGAAUUUUACAAAAUGUCCCCUCCCAAUAGUCUGAUGUCCCCACUUUUUUAAAGCAAACGGGCACCUGUCCCACUUUGCCCUCAUGCUCCUAGCAUCGGUCUUGUACCUGAAGGUCAAAAACUCACUUAUCAGCUUUCUCUGCAGACCAGCAUUGCCUGGCCAAAAGUCUUGGCUAUUGACUGACAAACUUUACACAUAUCAAGUGCAAUAUCCAUUGACUUUUUUUCUUAUUUAUAUCCAUUUCUGGCUGUUUCUUGCUGCUGUUGAUAAGCACCAAGACUUAACCAAUAGUGAUCAGGGCCUGAGGGUUUAGAAAAUAAUUUAACUUAAUUACCCUUUGAAGUCACUUGGACUCAUUCCUUUUUUAAAAAAAUGGGGUUAUAGAUGAUAAGGCAAAUUAGGUAAAAUGUACUUGAUUAGCUCCUAUUCAUGAAUGAAGGGCUACUUCAUUGAAAGAUAAACAGCAGGGGUCCAUGUACUUGACUAGAGAGAAUUGGAUCGGUGUCUGUUGUUGUGUUCAUAUGCAGUCAACUAAAACUAUAUGUGUAUUUAAAAUAUCAAUCUAAGUUGAAGCAACAAGCAAAUUCAAGACUUACAAAUUUUUCGUUCCUUGGUGUUAGCCUACUUUGUACAUAUUGGGGGAAUUACAUUAAAAUAUUGUUACAUAACAAGUCUUUCUUUUAAAUUUACGAGUUAUCUGCCUUUUUUUUCUGGCAUUGCUAAGUUGAUGAGGUGUCUGUGCUUUCAUGAAUAUGAUAUUCUAAAAGUGAACAAAACCGCUGAAGUAUUUGUACAAUUUGCUUUUAAGCUCAGUGCAGCAUGUAUGCUGUUAAAGUAACAAUAUGGGUUUCAAAGUGAAGUAUUAAUUUUCUGUUAAACUUCAGGACCUUGUUGUACAAGUGAUUGCAAAUAUGCAGGUCCAUCUGUCAUCUGUUCCAAAGCAACAGACUGUACCAAGAACCAAACAUGCAGUGGAUUGUCAGUUACCUGUGACUCCCCAGAUCCACUGGUUAAUACAACACUUUGUGACCAGGGCCGUCGUGUUUGCUAUUCCGGACAGUGUUCAACUUCAGUUUGUGAAUUAUAUGACAUGGAAGAGUGUUCUUGUACAGUUGAAGAGGAACUUUGUGAUUUGUGCUGCAAACAGAAUGGUGCAUGCACUCCAGCAUCUCGCUUAGCUCAGGUACACUGUAAUGAUACAAUAAAGUACUGUCAAACCCUUUAAUAUGGACACUGAGGGGGCCACAGAAAGUGUCCAUAUUAACAGGCUAUCCAUGUUAAGCGGGUUGAAAUUAGGGGAAUGUAAAACUUUCUUUCCCAUGCAAGGAAAAAACAAACUUUUUGUAAUAAUGAGAUGUUUAAUGUCUAGGGUCAUGGGUCAAGUAAGUUCAAAUCUUUUGCAUUUGUUGCCAGUAACUGUUUUGAUAAGUACAUAGGUACACGCACUGCAUAACAUUAUUACUAUGGUACUGCGCGUACAUUAUAGUGAAUAUACUUGACUCCCGUCGAAACAGACAUCUCAGUUAAGGUGGCUCGAUACAGUUUUUCAGGGUCAAUACCUGCCAAGUUUCAGCAUAAACUACGUCGCCAAAAACAACGUUUUGGAAAAAUUGCCACCACAGUUGUAUUAGGUAAAGAUGAAAAUUUGUUCUGAUCAGGGUUGCAACGGCAUCGGAGUUGUCAUAGCCACGAAAUGACGCUAUUACCUAUUUUACUUGCAGCAGUAUAUCUCGGCACUGGGAACUGUUCUUCGAAAAUCAUUCACGGGAGCUUUUCCCUCCAAUAGCAACCUCGAUGUUCGUGAAGUUUAAGCGAAAUCUGUAAGAGCGUUAUCGAAAUAUUUUGGGAUAAAGAUUUUGUGGUUAGAAAUACGGUAAAAAAUGAACAAUCCUUGUGUUCGGCUGUUAUCUGUAGAAAACAAAGCGCUUUUGACAUGAAAUUUCACCUCAUAGUAGUUUCAAUCGUUUUAAAAGCGUGUGUGAAAGAUCAAGGAGAUAGCUCCAGCCGAUUGCUAGAAAGAAGGGUUUGAUUAGUAUGUAUCGAAACACUCUUGUUAGCGGUUUUGUAAACAUUUUGGUCUACUUUAACAAAUUAGCGAAUAAUUUUUAAACCGCGCGAUAGAUUGUUUUAAAAAUUUAAGAUUCUUGAGAUUAACCUUCCUUUUGUAUAACUGUUUUAGUUUCAAGAUUAUUGAUAUAUCGUAAGGCAGUAAAAUAAGGGCUACAAUUCGUUACUUUUUUAUCAGAAGUUUCGUCAUCACAAGUGAAAGCCUCUAAGUAUUCAAGGCAUUGUCUCCAAGUUUCAUUUUCACGUGAACAGCAGUAACUAACAAUGCAUUUGAAAUAUGCAAAAAUGCUAGCUAUUGUUGUGCACGAAAAUAUGAAACUUGGACACAAUACCCUAAAUAAUGAGAGGCUCACACUUGUAAACACAAACUUUCUGCCAAAAUAUUAGCGAAUUGCAGCCCGUAUUUUACUACCUUACAAUAUAUCAAUAAUCUUGAAACUAAAACGUUUAUAUAAAAGGAAGGUUAAUCUCAAGAAUCUUAAAUUUUUUUAAAAAUCUAUCGAGUGGUUUAAAAAUUAUUCGCUAAUUUGUUAAAGCAGACCAAAAUGUUCAAAAAACCGCUAACAAGAGCGCCUCGAUACAUACUAAUCAAACCCUUCUUUCUAGCAAUCGGCUGGAGCUAUCUCCUUGAGCUUUCACACACGUUUUUAAAAAGAUUGAAACUACUACGAGGUGAAAUUGCAUGUCAAAAGCGCUUCGUUUUCCACAGAUAACAGCCGAACACCAAGAUUGUCCAUUUUUUACCGUAUUUCUAACCACAAAAUCUUUAUCCCAAAAUAUUUCGAUAACGCUCUUACAGAUUUCGCUUAAACUUCACGAACAUCGAGGCUGCUAUUGGAGGAAAAAGCUCUCGUGAACGAUUUUCGAAGAACAGUUCCCAGUGCCGAGAUAUACUGCUGCUAGUAAAAGAGGUAAUAGCGUCAUUUCGUUGCUAUUACAACUCCGAUGUCGUUGCAACCCUGAUAAAAACAAAUUUUCAUCUUUACCUAAUACAACUGUGGUGGCAAUUUUUCCAAAACUUUGUUUAUGGCGACGUAGUUUAUGCUCAAACUUGAGAGCUAUUGACCCUGAAAAACUGUAUCGAGCCACCUUACACAGACACGUGGCUGUUGGCUCCUCCUUUUUUUACUCCCUUUAUUUUACCCUCUUUAAGAUGGAUAUUUCUUUAAGAUGGACAGUCCGUGCCAAUCCCAGAAGUGUCCAUCUUAGAGAAAGUUGACUGUAAUCAAUAUUAUUCAAAGCACCAAAGCCUUCCAUACGUGAUCUGAUCAUGUUGCAUGGUCUGAUCUCCAAUCAGUGUGGAUUUUUGUUUAUUGUGUUGUUUAAGUGCAAAGUUUGCUGUGUAUACUUCAUGACAAUAAUAAAUUACGCAAGAAACAUUAAAUGACAUUACACAAUACAAAGUGCACCUCUGGCACUUAUUUUUUGCCUUACUGGCACCGCACUGGCCAUGAAUGGUCACCUACCUGCUAAAAUUUAGGGAGAACACUGGCCAGGAUGCAAAGAAAGUCACCUUUACAGUUUGCCAUUCAGGCAAGCUGCAGCUAGCAUAUACUAGCCCAAGGGUCAUUUUAAUUAGCCUGAAAAAUAACUUUUGAUAAGCAGGAUUGAUUACAGUUUUUCUGUAAUAUGAGUUUCGUAGAAAAAUUCAUUUGCUUGUCGUGCAAGUUAAGAACAGAAUUCACUAGCCCAACAUCCACUAAGUCCCAGGCUAUCAGACUUGACUUUCUUUGUAUGCUGACAUAAACAUUUGUGUUUAACCUCAUCCUGCUGUCUUCAAGUCCUGAAAGUGACUGUGAAAUUUCCGUACUUUGGGUCACUACUUACUGGAGUGAGAUCCAGUCUGAGUGGCAACAUUUCCAUGUUGCUGGGAAAUUCUAUGUGGAACAUACUCACUUUUUGCAGAAUGUUGAUUACUCUGUUCAUUCUUAGUUACCAAGUCAACUCAAGAACCUGAAACUUGUACCAGGAUCACCAUGUGAUGAUCUGAAAGGAUAUUGUGAUGUGUUUGCUGUUUGUCGCCGGGUUGACAUGGCUGGCCCUUUAGCGCGACUGAAACAACAGUUUUUUACUGUUGAAGGUUGGUAAAAUAUGCAGGGUUUUCAUUAAGAAUUCUAGUAGCAGGAGAAAGGUGUAACGUUACAGGAGAAAAUAUAAUAUUGUGAAUGCUUGAAUGAAAAAUAUUCAUAGGCUAUCGCACAUCAGCCGGAGAAUUCUGUGUAGUAAACAGAGAAUUCUCCGAUCUCCGAUGCCUACUUAACACCCUGACAUAUGAUUUUGUGUUUGGUCCUUUUACUCAUUUGUUUUUCAAUUUUAAGAGGAAUGUCACCUAUUUUGUUUGGUUCUUCAAUUUACCUUCUUGUACCAGGGUUUAGCCAUGCUAAGAUCCUGAAACUUGUAAGGCUUUAAGGCCACCUCAUGCAUAAGGAAACAGCUUAGCUUCACAGUGGCAGUUCAUGAGAUUUUUACCUCUCAGUGCUCUGAAAAAAGUAUUAAAUAUAUAUAAAUGCCAUAACCUGCGGCUUAUAAGCUCCCUACUAAUAAGCCCCCCCGGGAAAGGCUCAUCUACCUCCCUUUGAGUCCCAAGAGUGACCAGCAUCAAUUUUCUCAUAACAAUACCAAUACAUAAUCAGCAGAAAUGGUCAUGUGAAAUAAUAAAAUGAUCACCAAGUAAAUAUGAUUUGAUCAUUAAUCUAAUCCUCUCAACUAAUUCUUAAGGAAAUGUAUGGAGAACAGUCUGGAGAAUGUUAGCCUGGGACCAGGCUCCACAGUGGGGGAAAAAGGCAAACACCUCCCCAGACUACCUUCCGAUUCACUUCGUUUUCGCCCAUGCAGAUUUGUUUCUCCUUUCUCCCCCAAUGAGGAGCCUGGUCCCUGGCUAGGAGAAUUUGUAUGUGGUUAAACCAAAAAGUACAUCUGAUUAUAACCUCUUCCCUAAAAGCCCUAGGAUAUAUUUGAACAAUAGACCACACUUUCUAUGGGUUUACCGGCAUGAUAACCCACGCGGAAUGUUAGGAGAACAAGAGAAAAGCUUGUGAAUGACUUGUAAAUCACGAGCCCAAGGCAAGUGAUUUACAAGCUGUUCGAGUAUUCUCCCAACAUCCCAAGUGGGUUAUCAUGCUGGUAAACCCAUAGAAAGUGUGGUCUAUUGUUUUUAUAAAAUAACUUCAAGUUUUCUAUAAGUUUACCAGCACAAUAAACCAUAGGUUUUUAACCAAUCAGAAUGCGCCUACUGUCUUAGUUAUUUUAUAAUCCCCCCUCUUGCCCUAGCCUGAAUUACAUCCGAUUACUUCAUUAUUACUCCCUCAGAGGAGAAAACGACUCAAAGCAAUCAGAUGAAUUUCAGGCUAAUCUUGCCCAGAACCUACUUUCAUCAGCACUGCUAUGGCAUAAUGUUUCAAAGCGUGUUUCUUUAUAAUUCCAGUUAUAAAUAAGCCCCCCAUUUAAAGCUCUACUAAAACCCCUUAUGAAGAUAUAUGAGCCCAGGGCUUAUAAGCAGCAGGGUUCUUAUUAUAUUAAGUGCUGGUAGCUGGCUAAAAAAACUGGCUACGUGGAGAUUUGAGCCAUCUACGUUUUGGGGAAAUAGGUACAGUACAUUGUUACCAAACCACCUACUUUUACAUCCUAGCUGUCUGCUUAGAAACUUAAUCAGAACUCUGAGCGGAAAUCUACAAUAAUAAAUUAAAUAUGUAACUUUCAACAGGUCUAAAAGAAACAGUAAAGAAGUAUUGGUGGGCCAUCAUGCUUGGUACCAUCGCCUUUGCCGUAAUUAUUGCCCUCCUGGUUAUCCUGUGUGCUCGCUACACACCAAGCAGCAACCCUCACAAGGAAGUCAAGAAACCUGCCAAGACACUCCCUGGACGCAGGAGAAGAUAUCCCCCUCAGCGUCCGAGUCAACAGGGAACUUUGGAAUUGCAACCACGUGUAUGAAAUUGAAUACAAAAAUGCUGUACAAUUCUCAUAGGAUGCAAGCAGUAAAGGAUUUGCAGAAGCUGCAUAAUAAUAAGUUGAGAUUAGAGGAAUGUGCGUAUCCGGCCAACAGCACACUAAAGGUGAGUUUGAUUGAUCAUAUUCAGGAAUAACAGUACACAGAAUCUGCGAAAAAUCUCUUUGAUCACAAAUAUUGGAUCAUUAGAAUUGCUACCAUCCUCUAAAUUAUUAAUAAUUUCCACUAGCCAAAACAAGGUUUUUUUGUAGAGUUCAUUCCAUGUAUCCUUAUUCCGGAAUAUGGUCAGUCGAAUGCACCGUAUGUGGUAACCAGUGAGGUUGUAAUAAGACAAAUAACUUUGAACCUAAUGUGCAACCACCUUUCCCAAAUAUUACCAGAAAUGCGUGCCUCACAGAACCUUGUAAAGCUCAAGGAAAUGGCCCAAUAAAUAGAGGGGAAGGAAAGAAAAAAAAACACCACUUAACCGGGGUUUUAACUCAGGAUUGAACACACGAAAGGAGGGGCAGUGUAUGCGAUGAGGUCACAAUAUCAAACCAUUUUGAUUUCAAAAAUGUGUUGUUUUAACCUGGUCACCUUAAAGAAAUUUUGCCAAUAAAAUGCCUUUUGAAGCUAGUCAAACCAUUUUAUAGUCACUACGUGGCUGAAAAGAACAUUAACCCAAACUGCUUACAACUGCAGCUGCUUUUGCAGCCUUUGCUAAGGCAAAUAUCAGGCCACCACCAUGAAUGAAGUGUUUUCUAACCAUUCCUCUUUGUGUAAGAUGGAUAAUUCUCAGUUGACCAUGAGAAAUGCCCUUUUUUACUGAGAAUUGUAUUGCUUCAAAUGGUAUUUCGUGGUAUUAUUAGUUUGUAUAGGGUAGGAUACCCAUUCACCCAAACAUGCGAACAUACAACGUCAAUACAGAUAUAUACACUUUGCCCGUGAGUUAUUAUUCUCGAUACGUAUUGUUUCACAUUGCGUUCAAUCUAGUGGUGGUGUUUUUCGUCCUUUUCUUUUCCUUUUUUGCUAACUUUAAUGCCUUAAUUUUUACAGCUUACGUCGCUUGAUUUAUAUUGGUUAGUUAGGGUUUCCUGUUCUCAGCAAUAUUAGGCAAGUGUUAAAAAUUUAUUAUAACAUGAUAUAGGUUAUUGCGUCAGUCCAUAAUUACACGCCCUAAGGAAUUUUACAAAUUUUGAAAUUUUCCGCCGUGACUUUGCAAAAACUCUCAAAAAGGUACAAAAGACGUUUUUAGCUUGUGUGCUUUGUUUUCGCUUCUCACACCUACAUGAUAUGACCCUCGGAGAACUGUUUACCGUCCUAUCCACGUACAUAUAUGUAUGCAUAAUUUAUGCCCAAAUGGCACAGUCCCUUGAGAACGUCAAGUGGUGAAAGUUAGAAAAUAAGACAUAAAUGCUAAAAAGGUCUAUUCUGGCCCAUUAUUUCAAAGUUUUGACACGUGAUAUAGGAGAGAUUUGGAGUGACGUUUACGGCAAGCGGCAAACGUGAAUUUGUACCUCGUGGCCAAGUUUUCUCUUUUCUUUUCGUUCACAGUUCGUUGUAACUUCACGGAAAUCAGCAGAUUCAAGCCAGUUUUAUCCAAAAGAAUUGUUUUGAGCUGUUUGCAUCCGCUCAUUUUGUAUUUUGAGAAUUUGUCAACUUGAAUCUGACGUUUGCGGUAAACGUGACUCUACAUCUCUCUAUUUUCAACUAGCGAUUUUCGUAAUGUUUGGCAAAUUUCCCAAUUUACGUAAUUUUCCCUAACUUUCCUAGAAUUUUUUUCAAUUUUUGUAAUAACAAUUCUUUGCUUCGUAAAUGGAUGGCAAAAAUGUGUAAAUUUCAUAGCAACUUGGAUUUGUGGACUAUAUUUGUUAAUUAUACGACCUUUAAGGUCCUGGGGCCCGUUUCUCGAAAGUCCCGGUAACUUAACGGGCCCGGAAUCAUAUUUUUAAACCAAAGUCUCAAGAAAAGUAGGGUGUGUUCUGACCUCUAAUGAAGUCCGUUUUGUUUCGUUAGCUAAUAACUCUACUGUAUAAUUUUCAAAACUUUUAACACUUCCUUCUAAAAUGGAAAACAAAACAGCUUAACGGGCCCGGUAAUUACCGGGAGCUUCGAGAAACGGGCCCCUGGGGCCCGUUUCUCAAAAGUCCCGGUAACUUUUCGGACCCGAAAUCAAAUAUUCAGAUCGAAAUAUAAAGAAUAAGAGCGCGGGUCCUGGCUAGCAAACUACUCCAUUUUGUUUCAUUAACUGAUAGUUUUAUCAUGUUAGAUGCAAAACUAUUAAAAGCUCAAUCUUUAAUGUAAACGGAGACAGCUUACCGGGCCCAUUAAUUAUCAGGACUUUCGAGAAACGAGUCCCUGGUGUAUUUAUUAUAGGAGCAUAAUAUUGUACCGUGACAUUGAGGGUACUUCCUUUUGAAAUACAAGUUUUGAAUCUUUUCUAGUAUAUUUAACCAAAAACAGCAUGGAUCGUUUACUAUUUGAAGGAAACGUUUCUUGCUUAAAGAGCAAAUUUGAGACUUUCAAAGUGUUGAAUUCUCCAAAUGAAAGUAAGUUAAUGUAAUGCCCCACUUGUGAAAGCUGUUUAGCUGUAAAAGCGGUUUAAAUUUACGUUAGAGCUCGUUAUACUUGCAAUUUAGCGUAGCUAAAAACGCAUCAGUGUUCAAGCUCACUUGAACCAGUGUAGAGGUACUCUAAAACGGGACACCAGCAAACGUGCAACUUGUUUUGCAACAUUGCUGCAAAACUAGUUGAAAACCUAUGUUGUACGUUUUGCCACCCACUGCAACUGAAUCAGGUUGUUGCAAGUUGUGGAAAAGGAAAAAAAGGCAAACUUGUUCUGCAGCAAGUGACGUAACUCUCGUGAUUCCCGCAUAAUUUUAUCCAAUCAGAAGUCAGUAUUCAACCGACUUGUUGCAAGACAGGUUUGAACGUUGGUGGUAAAACGCUGAACACUGCUUUCAGCUCGUUUUGUAGCAAUGAUGCAAAACAAGUUGCUCGUUUUUGUUGCCUGUUUAACCGUAGCUUAAAAGUCAGUCGUUUCAGAUACCUUUUAUUUUCUUUUGGGUGUGAUUGGAUCGAAGGAGGCACCGUUUCUCUGCGCGAAAGUCAGGCCGUGAUAAACACGCCGGACUCGUGCAGUAUUCCUUCUCUUGAUUAUCCGAGUGAGACAACGGCGGCUAUUUGUAGCCAAAAACAAAAUCAUUUAAUGCAAAUCUUGUAGAACAAGAAGUUAAGUCACCGUUUGACUGUAGACUAACAAAUGUUCUUCUCAAUCACGUUUUUCUCCCUGUUUAAAUUUCAGUAAAGACUGGUUUUCACUAGUGACGGAGUCGGAGUCGUAAUCAGAAGCGUAGAACUUUGCGAUCUAGUGAAAACAGCGUUUUGAUUCCGCUUACAACUCCGUGGUGUACGAUCAAGUGGAAACUGGGUCGUCAGAUAAUGUUGAGCGGCAUGAAAUGGAGAGUGCAGCCUUUUAGCACCAUUUCGUCUUCUCCGUUUUUCCGAGCAAUCCCUCUUAUCUGAAUGCUUCGAGAGUAGGGUACUUUGAGCGUAACAUAUUUUACUAGAAUCUGUUUUAAUGUAGUGUAAUAAUUUUCUAUCACAUUAUCAAAGAUAAUAUCGUUGCUAGAUGUAAAGACAAUAUUUUUGCAGCAGUUGUCCUAGAAACCUGUAAGUAUAUCUUGCAGGAAAACAUAGUUUUCUAACAAUAUUUCCUUUCAAGUUACCCUGCUAGCAGAGCGUUCGUUUCUGGCAACGGUUUCAGCAUUAGUUGCUGGCGCCUACUACGCGAAAUACCGGUGGCACAAACAACUUCGUACAAGUUUAAAACCUUGCAAGAAAGAAACAAUCUGCUAGUAGGGUAAUUUCAAGUCCUUGUUAUAGCAAAUACAAUAAUUCCAAAGAACCAUGUUAAUAAACUUGUAAACCGGCAAAACCUGUCGUGAAAGUCCUUCUUCGAUCCCUCUCCCUCCCGUUUAGUUUUCACCAUACUCAUUCUAAAUGAAGGAGCUCGCUUUAAGUUAUAGGCGUAAAACGCUUCUUGCCGGGAAAGUAUUCCGGUUUGAGCCAAAUCGAGAACCAAAGAGUGAGCAGAGCUUUUUUCGCAGUUUUUCACUCAGUUAAAAACACAUGUUAUGAUACGCAGUCUUGAAGGUAGCAC